AUGGGGCGCGUGUCUAUACCAAUUCUUCUUGCGGGCCUGGCUGGGUAUGCCUUCGCUGGUAUUCACCAUCACGCUCAUGGCCAUCUCCAUCACCAUCGCCGUCGCAACUUGAUGCCACCUACCGAAGACCUGGAGCUGCAAAAUCUAGGUUGGGAUAAUGCGAAUCACAUCCCAGAAGAUAUUGUGGUGGAAUCCAUUACGAUCACGACUACGACUACGGUUUUUGGAAAAUGCGCGCCAACCGAUACUAUCCACAGCACUCUUACGCUUGUCAGACAUAGCCCUGAGCCUACGUCGUGGAGUACCGAUCAUCACUUGUACAUCAUCCCGCGUCCCGAGCCAUACCAGGACCACUGGGAUCAACUACAGCCCGAGCCUAUUCUCCCUGCGCCGAAAAACACGAGACCUGCCGAACCUCACUUUACCCAGCCCGCGCCCUGGGCUCCCAGGCCAAUAAAGGCAGAGGAGACCACUACCAUGUUCAAGACACAAACAAUCACCAAAACCGCAACCAAUACUAUAACAGUCACCGUCCACCCAGGAGCCAACCAUGUGCCACUUGCAAACGUACUCCCGGGGAAUAAUCCCUCAGAAGCAGAAAGACCUGUGCCCCUUGCAGACACGCUACCCAAGGGGUCUUUAGAAGAAGAAAAAGCCGUUCCAGCAAACCGCCCUCCUCCCCCACCAUCUCACAAAAGCAACGGCGGGCCCAACAAGGCCGGACUCGAUAUACAUAAUUUGCCAGUAGUCAACCAGAUCUCCCCGGGCCCAAAGCAACACAGACCCACUACAGUGGACUGGACCGCAAUACCACCAGCUGGACAAUUCUCAACGAACGGAUUCGGCGGGCGCACUCCACCAAAAGCAAAAGGAGCGGAGGUACAAUACCGCGGCAAUGUUGGCAUACCAUGGGGAAGCAACAUCAUCACUGUCAGUCCGGACGAGGCGCAUGCCUACAAAUAUGUGGCACGGUUCACGGGUUCAAGCGAUGAAUCCUGGACGGUGGUUGUGUGGAACAAGUUCGGGCCUGACGGCAAGUUGACCGGAUGGUACGGCCACUCUGCGCUGAAAUUCACUCUUGCGCCCGGUGAGAUUCGCCAUGUCGCUUUUGACGAGGACUCUGAGGGGGCCUGGGGUGCUGCGCCUGGUGAUCGCCUACCUAGGGAUCAAUGGGGUGGAUACUCGUGUACCUGGGGCGAGUUUACGUUCGGUGAUGGGGAGAAUAAUGGUUGGUCGGGAUGGGAUGUUUCGGCUAUUCAAGCCCAGGUUGCCAAUCAACAUGUGCAGGGCAUGUCUAUCUGUCAGGCUGAUGGAGAAAAAUGCUCUAUCAUCACGACCGAUGCUAAGAAGGUGGUUGCUGCUUAUACUAAAUCGGUAAAGCACAUCGAUGGUAUUGGUGGUGAGGCGGUCCCUGGUCCUGUGCGACUGGAUGUUCUUAUUGAUUAUCGGGGAUGA